UGAGUAAACAUAUCACAAGUAGACCAUCUUUCUAAUGGUAAGUGAGUUUAACGUUUCAACAUGAAUAAUCUGUAUUUGCGGAAGCUAGUCAUACUUGUCAUUUUAUUUAUAUGCGAAGAUACGAUUAUUGCCAUAGCUCAGUCAUCGAGCAACGAUUCCACGAAAUACGAUUUUACUAAUGUUUUAAACGAGGCGAUAUUAAAACUACUCAAAAGUACUGAUUUAGUUGAAAAAUUGCAAUCGCAAAUCCUACUCAUAGAAGACGUAAAACGUUACGGAAGUACUUACGAAAUAAAUAAUACCGCAAAACUUCGACCAUUUGGAAAUACAAUCGACUUAAAUUAUUUGACUACUUUCGGAUCAGCAUCAACUCGUAGCCUCGUGAACAGAUACCCACCAAAUACGAUUCGUUGGGAAUUUUCUGAAAAUAAAAUGCAUAUGUUCUAUGGAGAUACGCUGAAAUACUGGUUAUGGGGAGAUGUCGUAGUACAAGAACCAUACUCGUAUUGGAAUUAUAAAAAUCAAGAACGCGAAUUUCAGGUAAAAUACCACGAGUACAAGAAUUUAUCGAUUAUCGCGACAAAGCUGCAGGUAAAUCAAAAAGACGAUAACAAUAUAUCCAUCAAUACAUCGUACGAUUGUUUGAAAAACCCUGAAGGUAUCAAACUUGGAAAGCAUCCCAAACUAUCUUACAAGCAACAUCUCAAGUUGAUAUACAUAAUUGGUUUGGAACUACCAUCUAUAAUGCGCAGUUUUUUCAACAAAAGUGGCAUUUUCACCGCACUACUGGGCAAAAUAUUCAACCUGAACCCAAAACAGCAUAUCAUUUCAGCCUGUCCUGAUUUUUCGACCAACGAACAGCGCUACUAUUACCUCUUACCAGACAUUUCUUCUGUGUACGUCAGUUUCAAAAAUAUCACCAUCAGAGGACUGUCGAAUUUUGAAUCAUUCGUGAACAAUCAAUCGUGGAGUAAUCGAUAUAUAUCCUAUGACCUCGUUUACACCCUGCAUGUGAAGAAUGUACGAGGAAACAUGACUUUAGAAGCCGGAUUAGAAGAUUUACAACACUUUCAACUGAAUUUCUUCAUUGGCAAUCUUUACAUAUUGUUUGUUCCGAAAAAACAGGAAUUUCGCGUUGAGGCGCUGAACUAUUCUGUUGUCGAAGAUAGCCCUCAGCCUUCCACAUUGAUAUCAGUCUGGUUGCCAAAAUAUUCAACAAGUAUUAUUCAGCUCAUCGAAUCAGCAGUGAUAGAUUCACUAAUGCCAUCGAAAAAUUAUAAACAACAACCAAGUUCACUAUUCUCCAACUUCGCUCAAAUAGAAACUUCGUUCGUGGAACUUCUGAAAAAAUCUCACCCUCGGACAAGAUAAUUCCAAACCUCUUAAAUUACAUUACAGACAUGGAUCGCAAUCAGAAUAAUAUCCCCAAGUACAAGAUUGGAGAGGAGAAAUCUACACAGCGAAGAAUCAAAGAAAAACUGCCCCAAGUAUCCUAUCGUUUAAUUGGAAGACAUAAUUCCAGAAAUAAGAAGUGUUUUGCUCAUCAACAUGAAUGUUCGAGGGAAAUGAAAAAUCAAAAAUGUCUAUAUUAUAACGUUAUUGAAUGUACAAUCAAAAUAAAACGUUACCUACCAAA